CGGGCGAAGCAUCCUGGCCCGGGCGGGGGCCGCCGCCGCCACUGCCGUUGGGGAAGGUCCCAGCGCAGACAUGGCCUUUCGCGGCGCCCACACGCGCCCUAGCCCACCGCGCUCCGCGCUGUAGCCCGGCGGAGAGGCGGCCUCGACGGUGCGGACGGCUCACAGGGCCGGGCGGGCGGCAUGGAGGCGGCGCACCUGCUCCCGGCCGCCGACGUGCUGCGCCACUUCUCGGUGACAGCCGAGGGCGGCCUGAGCCCCGAGCAGGUGACCGAGGCGCGGGAGCGCUACGGCCCCAACGAGCUCCCGACCGAGGAAGGGAAGUCCCUGUGGGAGCUGGUGCUGGAACAGUUUCAGGACCUCCUGGUGCGAAUCCUGCUGCUGGCCGCCCUGGUCUCCUUUGUCCUGGCCUGGUUUGAGGAGGGCGAGGAGACCACAACCGCCUUCGUGGAGCCCCUGGUCAUCAUGCUGAUCCUCGUGGCCAAUGCCAUCGUGGGCGUGUGGCAGGAAUGCAACGCUGAGAGUGCCAUCGAAGCCCUGAAGGAGUAUGAGCCUGACAUGGGCAAGGUGAUCCGCUCGGACCGCAGGGGCGUGCAGAGGAUCCGCGCCCGCGACAUCAUCCCAGGGGACAUUGUAGAAGUGGCAGUAGGGGACAAGGUGCCUGCUGACCUCCGCCUCAUCGAGAUCAAGUCUACCAUGCUGAGAGUGGACCAGUCCAUCCUGACGGGUGAAUCUGUGUCGGUGACCAAGCACACAGAGGCCAUCCCAGACCCCCGCGCUGUGAACCAGGACAAGAAGAACAUGCUGUUUUCUGGCACCAAUAUCGCAUCAGGCAAAGCAGUGGGUGUGGCAGUGGCCACGGGCCUGCACACAGAGCUGGGCAAGAUCCGGAGCCAGAUGGCGGCGGUGGAGCCCGAGCGGACCCCACUGCAGCGCAAGCUGGAUGAGUUUGGGCGGCAGCUGUCCCAUGCCAUCUCCGUGAUCUGUGUGGCCGUGUGGGUCAUCAACAUCGGCCACUUUGCUGACCCAGCCCACGGUGGCUCCUGGCUGCGCGGUGCUGUCUAUUACUUCAAGAUCGCUGUGGCCCUGGCCGUGGCCGCCAUCCCCGAGGGCCUCCCGGCUGUCAUCACUACCUGCCUGGCACUGGGCACGCGGCGCAUGGCACGCAAGAAUGCCAUCGUGCGAAGCCUGCCCUCUGUGGAGACCCUGGGCUGCACCUCAGUCAUCUGCUCUGACAAGACGGGCACGCUCACCACCAAUCAGAUGUCUGUCUGCCGGAUGUUCGUGGUAGCCGAGGCCAAAGCGGGCUCCUGCCUUUUGCACGAGUUCACCAUCUCGGGUACCACCUAUACCCCCGAGGGCGAAGUGCGGCAGUGGGAGCGGCCGGUGCGCUGCGGCCAGUUCGACGGGCUGGUGGAGCUGGCGACCAUUUGCGCCAUGUGCAACGACUCAGCGCUGGACUACAACGAGGCCAAGGGUGUGUACGAGAAGGUGGGAGAGGCCACGGAGACGGCUCUGACUUGCCUGGUGGAGAAGAUGAACGUGUUCGACACCGACCUGCAGGCCCUGUCCCGGGUGGAGCGAGCUGGUGCCUGCAAUGCGGUCAUCAAGCAGCUGGUUCGGAAGGAGUUCACCCUGGAGUUCUCCCGAGACAGGAAGUCCAUGUCGGUGUACUGCACGCCCACCCGCCCCCAUGCUGUGGUCCAGGGCAGCAAGAUGUUUGUGAAGGGGGCUCCUGAGAGUGUGAUUGAGCGCUGUACCUCAGUCCGAGUGGGCAGCCGCACAGCACCCCUGACCCCCACCUCCAGGGAGCAGAUCCUGGCAAAGAUCCGGGAUUGGGGCUCUGGCUCAGACACGCUGCGCUGCCUGGCCCUGGCGACCCGGGACGUGCCCCCGAGGAAGGAGGACAUGGAGCUGGACGACUGCAGCAAGUUUGUGCAGUACGAGACGGACCUGACCUUCGUGGGCUGCGUGGGCAUGCUGGACCCGCCGAGGCCUGAGGUGGCUGGCUGUAUUGCACGCUGCCGCCAGGCGGGCAUCCGCGUGGUCAUGAUCACCGGGGAUAACAAAGGCACUGCUGUGGCCAUCUGCCGCAGGCUCGGCAUCUUUGGGGACACGGAGGACGUGGUGGGCAAGGCCUACACGGGCCGCGAGUUUGAUGACCUCAGCCCCGAGCAGCAGCGCCAUGCCUGCCGCACCGCAUGCUGCUUUGCCCGUGUGGAGCCCACACACAAGUCCCGCAUCGUGGAGAACCUACAGUCCUUUAACGAGAUCACUGCCAUGACGGGUGAUGGUGUGAACGACGCUCCAGCCCUGAAGAAGGCAGAGAUCGGCAUCGCCAUGGGCUCAGGCACUGCCGUGGCCAAGUCGGCAGCAGAGAUGGUGCUGUCAGAUGACAACUUCGCCUCCAUCGUGGCUGCGGUGGAGGAGGGCCGGGCCAUCUACAGCAACAUGAAGCAGUUCAUCCGCUACCUCAUCUCCUCCAACGUUGGCGAGGUUGUCUGCAUCUUCCUCACGGCAAUUCUGGGCCUGCCCGAAGCCCUGAUCCCUGUGCAGCUGCUCUGGGUGAACCUGGUGACAGAUGGCCUGCCUGCCACAGCGCUGGGCUUCAACCCGCCAGACCUGGACAUCAUGGAGAAGCUGCCCCGGAACCCCCGAGAAGCCCUCAUCAGCGGCUGGCUCUUCUUCCGGUACCUGGCUAUUGGAGUGUACGUAGGCCUGGCCACAGUGGCUGCUGCCACCUGGUGGUUCCUGUGUGAUGCGGAGGGCCCUCACGUCAACUUCUACCAGCUGAGGAACUUCCUGAAGUGCUCCGAGGACAACCCACUCUUUGCUGGCAUUGACUGUGAGGUGUUUGAGUCCCGCUUCCCCACCACCAUGGCCUUGUCCGUGCUCGUGACCACUGAAAUGUGCAACGCCCUCAACAGCAUCUCGGAGAAUCAGUCGCUGCUGCGGAUGCCGCCUUGGAUGAACCCCUGGCUGCUGGCGGCCGUGGCCAUGUCCAUGGCCCUGCACUUCCUCAUCCUGCUCAUGCCGCCACUGCCCCUCGUUUUCCAGGUGACGCCACUGAGUGGGCGCCAGUGGGUGGUGGUGCUGCAGAUCUCUCUGCCUGUCAUCCUGCUGGAUGAGGCGCUCAAGUACCUGUCCCGGAAGCACGUGGACGAAGAAAAGAACCAGAAGUGAGUGCUGGGAACAGAGUGGAGUCUCCGGGCUGCUCCUCAGACUGAUGGUGUCCAAGCAUUGGCCUCCAUCCCUGCCUCUGCCACCACACUUGCCCACUUGCCCCCUGGGCCCCACCGGAUAAACCACAGGCCUGAGGCCAGAACGGUUAUCUCUGGCCCCUUCCUGGGGUCUCCGUCCCCACUUCCUUCUGGCCUGCAGGCUCUGUAAUUCCUGUCUCUUGGACUCUCCUGGGAAGUUCCCCGCUCUGAUGCUCUAGCCCAGGAGCUGCAGGCUGGAGGCGGGGGCAGCCAGGAAGCCAGAGCUGGCAACAGACCCAGAGAUCCGGGGCCCCUCCACCCCCAAAUCAUGAGCCCGUCUGGAGCUUGCUCUCCCUCGCUUACAAGCUGGACAUUCACUUGGUGAUUGGUGCCUCUGCACUGACGAGGACUCCUGGGGGGUCCUUCUUCCCGCUCUGACCUCUCCCUUGCGCCUGGUCAGCCACGGUGGAUCAGAGGGGCCAUCUGGGCCCAGCUGUGCACAGCAAGGGUGGGCAGUCCCCGCCACUCUGCUUUGCUUCCACAAAGUCGGCUCCUGAGAGCUUGAGGCUGUUUCUGUUUAUAUGUGCAGAGCCCAGGGGGUGAAGGGUCAGCAGAGACACAAGGACCCGGGAGGGGGACGGAGCAAAGAUGCUGCUCCUGGGAGGCAGCCUGGAAGGACUGUCUCAGCCCCCUUCGCUUCCUGGACUCAGGGUUCCCUGUCCUGAGCACAUAAGACUUUCGGAGUCUCGCUGUCGCCCACUGUGCCGUGCAGAGGUCAAACUCCCCAUCCACGUCCUUGGUACCUGAGACCCCAGACAGCCUCGGGUUCCUGACCGAGGUGCCCUUCCACCCAGCCCCCUGCCUGCACAGCUAGGGCCUCCAAGUCUGGUGGGCUCUCCUGGACUCUUGGCCUCACUCCUUGCCCCCUGCCCACGACAGCCCUGAGCUGAAAGGUUAUCACUAAGGAUGGCUAAUUCCCCACGGGCACUUUCUCUCCCUCCCUCCCUCCUGGUGUAUUGCGUCAGGUCAGAUGACAGGAAGGUGCCAUUUGAUGGACAGAAUCUUUCUCUUAAGUCGGCUUUUGCUGCUUAGGCAAAAACUCGCUAGGUGUGUCAGGAAACAGUAUCAGGCACUGCCCUGUGCUUUGCCUGUCCUAGAGAGGGUGCAAAGUGAUGAUUUUGCAUGUAAAUCAAGACUCACAUCCAUUUCCUAGUCCCCCAAAGCUGCUCAGCCUGCCUUGCAGAGCAAUGGGCUCCGUGUUCUGUAGCCACCCUUCCCACUCCUCCCCCCUCCUCUCUCUUGCAGGUUCUUGGUGGGCCAGUGAGAGAAACGCAGUGGGGGAGUUAGGGCAUCUGGUGCCUGCAGAGAUUCUCUGCUCCUUUCCUGCGGGAAGGUGAGGAGGUGGCAGCAGGAGCAGGGCCCUGUACCUACCUGCUGACGUGCUGUUUGGUAGAGAAAUAAAUGUUGUGUCUGGGGCGAUGGAA